AUGGCCAAUCAUGGUCCGAGUUACGGGCUCAGCAGGGAGUUGCAGAAAAAGAAUGAUGCGCGAUUUGUGCUCGAGGAAGCCAUUGAAGUUCUCUAUUGGAUUGAAAGUGUUGUCGGCGAGCGAUUCGCGUUCGACGUCGGCACCUGCGAGAACUCCAACGACGUCUCAUCGCUUCUCAAAGACGGCGUGAUGUUGUGUAAGCUCAUCGAGAAACUCGAGCCGAAAACGCGUGUCGCCUACAACAAAAAGCCGAAAAUGCCGUUCCAAAUGAUGGAGAACAUCUCGAAUUUUUUGGAGGCCGCCAAAAAGUUUGGCGUCAUGGAGAUCAGCUGUUUUCAAACCGUCGACUUGUACGAGAACAAGCAAUGCUAUAAGGUCAUCGAGUGCCUCCGUCUACUCGCCGCUGUGGCGCAAGCUCGUCUAACGCAUAUCGAGUUUCCCGCGUGGGUGGUGAAAUUGGCGCAAUCGCGGCCGCGCCAAUUUCCCGAAGCGGUGAUGCGAAGAGGCGAAAUGGUCAUUCCGUUGCAGUAUGGAACGAAUAAAUGCGCGUCCCAAAAAGGAAUGUCACCAUACGGAUUACCACGUCAAAUCAAGCCAGAUCCACAUGGUUAA